AUGACCUCAGAAAAAGAAGUACACAUUGGUGGUAGAAGAUCAAAAUUGGCAGUUGUUCAAUCCGAGCAUGUUAAGAGUUUGAUCCAACAAAAAUUACCCAACAUAAAAACAUUGGUCUUGGCAUUACAAACAUACGGCGACACUAUUCAAACAAAACCACUAUAUUCAUUUGGUGGGAAGGCAUUGUGGACCGCAGAAUUGGAAGAUAAAUUGGCCUGCAAUGAAUUGGAUUUGAUUGUUCAUUCCUUAAAAGAUAUGCCAACUAAUUUGCCUGAAUUAUUUGAGUUAGGUGGUAUCACUAAACGUGAAGACCCAAGCGAUUGUGUUGUUAUGAAACUGAACUCACCCUACAAAACCUUGGACGAUUUACCUAAUGGUUCAGUCGUUGGUACUUCAUCAAUUAGAAGAACUGCUCAAUUGAGAAGAAAAUAUCCCAAAUUGAUUUUUAAAAGCGUUAGAGGUAAUAUCCAAACCAGAUUAAAUAAGUUAGAUAACGGCUGUAUUGAAGAUGAUGUUGUGCAAAAUUAUGAGUGCAUAAUUUUAGCCACUGCUGGUUUGGUCCGCUUGAAAUUAGAGUCUCGUAUCACCUGUAUAUUGGAAGCCCCAUUGAUGUAUCACGCCGUUGGGCAAGGUGCUUUGGGCAUUGAAAUUAGAAAAAAUGAUGCCAGAAUGAAAAAAAUCUUGAAUGAAAUUUGCGACAAAAAUGCUACGAUCUGUUGUCUAGCCGAACGCUCAUUAAUGAAAACUUUAGAGGGAGGUUGUUCUGUUCCAUUGGGUGUUUCUACCAACUACGAUGGCCAGGUAUUGAAAAUCGCAGGUUGUGUUGUCAGUUGCGAUGGUAAGGAGUAUGUCGAAGCUUUUCAUGAGUGUAGAAUUAAUUGUGAUGAGGAUUAUGCCCCUAAAUGUAAGGAUUGCGGAGAAAAAUUAGCCAAAAAAUUGGUUGCUGGUGGUGCCAAGGCCAUCUUGGAUGAAAUUAAUUAUGAGAAAAUUAAAUAA